CCACCUCUUAUUGACUCACCCUCUCUAUUAUAUCACACUCUUCCAUCUUUUCCCCAUUCAACGACCGAAUAAACCAAUUCACCGGACAUUGACAAUCCGGCAUGUGGAACGGGGUUGCAACGGGUGCUGCGCCGUUCCAACAACCACAGUAUGCCAACAGCUAUUCCAAUCAGCAACCCUACGCAAAUCAACAGGCGCCGCAAUAUGGACAGCAACCAGGGUAUAAUCAGUAUCAAGGUGGCUUCCCACCUCAGCCCGGCGUUUCUCCGCAACUUCCGAAGAGCUUCCCCCCUAAGAAAAAGGGAAAUCCAAUAAUCACUCGUUAUCCUCCCCCACCAGGUUACCGAGGUCCCGCGCAACCCCAAGGUCCAUUCGGAACCGUUCAAUUUUCAGCGCAACAACAAGGGUUUCCUCAAGGUCCACAUCCUGCUCAAGCGCCGUAUCCGAACCAGUCUUAUCAAAGCGCCGCCCCGGCACAAGGAUAUCCACCACCGGGCUACGGACCACCACAGAGUCAUCCUUCUCAGCAAGGGUACCAUCACGCGCAAACCUUUCAGUGGCCGUCGCAGAACUAUCCUCAUCAGACGCCCGUAUCACAGUCACCGUCCUAUCCCGCCCCGCAACAAUAUUCACAGCAGCAGACUGGAUAUAAGUCGUAUCCAAACCCACCGCCUCCUAUCAACACGAAGCAGUCGGCCUGGCCUAGUGCACAAGGAUGGCAGCAAGCCCCUGGCUCAGCUACAUACCCGCCUGCAAACCAGUACAAUCCAUAUGGUGCAUCUUCCGCCAACAGCCAGCCGACCAUUGAUCCCAAUGCAACCCCUACACCAUCUUCAGCAAUGCCUACGACUGCGCAGCCUACUCCAGCGAAUACGCAACUUCCAAGCGCUACAAGUGACACGGCUUCAGAUAAUAAAGCUCCAUUAUUUCUCGGGUGGGACGAUUGGGACUUCGAUUUCGACGGUGCCAUAUGGCCAAAGGCAAAUGAGCCCGUUGACCCUGAUCUGAGCCUUGGUGUCAUUACCUGGCGACCGGCCAAACAAGUAACACGAGCGCUACCAGCAACAUUCGAAGACGCCGAAGAGCAGUCGCUCAGGCCGCCUGCAGAGAAACUCGGCAAUGGCGAAUCUGUGUCUCUGUACUUCACGGCUGAAAACUCAUAUGAAGCUUUCCUGGACGUACGAAAGACGGACGAUUGGUACAACAUCAAAGACGACCCUGCGUUUGUGAUCUUCACCGACGAAGAAAUGAAGAAAAAUCUUAUUUCAAUCGAAGACUGCGUUUCUUUACGAGACCGACCUGACGAGAAGGGAGACGAAGACAUGAAUGAUCCUUCGUGGAACGUCAUGGACAACCUCGAACAGGCAUUGUCAGGCGACAUGGAAGACGUCAAGAAGCCAACUCCGCCGGAUUCAUGUGGCAAGCCGUCAAGAGAUCAAGUACAGGAGGACAUUUUGGCGAAGCUUGGUGUCACUGGCUCUCCAAAGCCUCCUUCUGAUCAAGAAGUGCCCCUUCCGUUCCCGCGCGAUGAUCAACUGCCAGCCUCGCUCCCGCCAAAGCCCCCAGCACCGCCCUCUGCGAAUAUCCCUCCACGUCCUGAUGUUGGUCCACAUAAAACUCAGUCUUAUAGUGGUCAUCGCAAUUCGAUGUAUGGCACUACAGGGCCUCGCCCAUAUGGAUCUAUAUCUUCCGCAACCUCACAACGAUCUUCGCCUGCACAGCCCUAUGAGCGCACAAAUUCUUGUGCUUCGAUUCCUCCGACACAUCAGAUCGGUUCUAAUCAUCCCGAAGCCAGCAACAUGGCGGGCUCUGGCACAGAGGAAGCAAAUCACCAGGUCGAAAAAGAUUUCAUUCCACAGCUCAAGCGAAAUGACAGUAGCUUUGCUCGCAAGAGGAGUUAUGAAGACACGGACCAAGAAGACGGUCAGACACGGCAGCAAGAUGACCACACGAAGCGGAAAAGACGAUCUCAAGUCGAUGCAGCGUACAGGUAGGAUAUGUCUUGUUCAAAAUCUGAGCGGCGGGCUCACAAUCUGCAGUCGUCGUUAAUGCCGUCUUCUUGAAAGCCCUCGCUUGUCCUUCCAUGUUCCUGUCGGUUAGCAUCAUGCGUUUAGUCUCUCUCGCCUUUCGUGUUCACCCUUCAUU